AUGGAUCAAAACCACAAGUUGGGACGUGCUGAUGGAGCCUUUCUAGCUGAUCCUGAACGUUAUCGACGCCUUACUGGACGUCCCAUUUAUCUUUUAGCCACUCGGCCUGAUCUUGCUUAUUCAGUAUACAUUCUUUCACAGUUCAUGCAAAAGCCACGAGAAGAACAUUGGAUUGCUGCUUUGAAGACUGUGCGAUAUUUGAAAGGCACAGUAGGACAGGGUGUUCUUUUCAGAGCCGAACCCACCUUCUUUGUCACCGGCUGGUGCGACGCAGAUUGGGGCGCAUGCCCUACGACUCGUCGAUCGCUUUCUGGCUGGAUUAUUCAGUUUGGGACAUCUCCUAUAACAUGGAAGACUAAGAAACAAGAUGCAGUCUGUCUCUUGUCUACGGAAGCCGAGUUCCGUGCUAUGAAAGCUAUUACACAAGAGCUUAUUUGGAUUAAACACCUUCUCAUCGAACUUGGUAUACAUCAUCCUGCUCCAAUGACGAUAUGUUGUGAUAAUAAAUCUGCUUUACACAUAGGUGCUAAUCCGGUUUUACAUGAGAAAACAAAAUAUAUGGGUAUCAUCUGCAAAUUUGUUCGUGAGGCAAUCACUAAAUGGAUCAUCAAGACGACUUAUGUUUCCACUCAUGAUCAGUUCACAGACAUUUUAACUAAGGUAUUGGGACGCAGAAAGUUUGAUGCAUUUCUUCUCAAGUUAGGCAUCAAUAACAUUCAUGCUCUAACUUGA